AAACCCAUAGAUUAGGAUUCACCCUACUAUCUCCAUCCAAGUGAUGAUCUAGGAAGGAUUCUUUUAACAACUUUGCUGAAUGGGGAGAACUAUCAUACUUGGAGGAGAGAAAUGCAAAAUGCUCUUUAUGCCAAGAAUAAGAUUGGAUUUGUAGAUGGUACUCUUGAGAAGCCGGAGACAAUCUCACCUCAAUACCAAGCAUGGAUGAAGUGCAAUUCUAUGGUGCUCUCUUGGAUCCUUAACACAAUCACUAAAGAACUGCAAGACAGCGUGGCUUAUGCAAAGAUAGCAAAAGAAAUUUGGAAUGAAUUGCUGGAAUGGUUUACUCAAAGGAAUGCAUCUCAUGUCCAUGAACUCAAACUUGAAUUAGCAACAUUGACACAACAAACAAGGUCAGUAUCUACUUAUUUCACCAAACUAAAACCAAUUUGGGAUGAGUUACAGGCACAUGAACCAGUACUUGUCUGCACUUGUGGCUACACAUGCGAAGCAGCAAAAGAAUAUGCAAAGGCUCAAGAGAUGGAGAGAAUCCACCAAUUCCUAAUGGGAUUGAAUGAAAACUUUUCCACAACUCGAUCCCAAAUAUUAAGCAUGGAUCCUUUGCCCUCCCUAAAUAAGGUGUAUGCAAUGGUAACAAAAGAAGAAAAGCAGCAAACAGUGGCAGCAUCCAAGGGUCCAAAUAUAAAAGCCAUAGCUCUUGCAAUAAGAGGACCAUCAGGAAGGUCAUGAUGUGAUCACUGUAAAAAGCUUGGGCACACUAAAGAAAGAUGCUAUGAGAUCAUUGGGUAUCCUGUGAAUUGGAAGCCUGGGAUAGGCAAAACCAAGACAAAGGGUGAGGCACAAAAGACAAGACAAGAGAAAGACCAUGCCUUUGUAGCUAAUGCAGCACAUAAGCCCACAGAGGAGUUAUCAAAUCAGUCUCUAGUUUCUUGGUUGAGCAAAGAGUAGUAUGACCAAUUCAUCUCACUUCUCAGGGGUAAUACCAUUCUUAAUCAUUCAGCCAACCACACUAGUAAGGCAUAAAACUCAUCUUUUCAU